CCCCCGCUGACCAUGCAGACAGCCUCUCUGUGAUGUCCUGGACACUCCUCCCUCAGCAGACCUUCUCUUCCUGUUGCUGCUUCGUUGUUACAUCCAAACCACACAUGCAGAGCCUUCCUACUUUAAGACCUGGUGGGUGAGAGAACUGUUACUCUCCCCUACUGCUCCCAGGAGCCUGUGGGCCCAUCGCUGCCUAAAGCUCACCUGCAGGUCUCACUCUGCAUCCUCACUCUCUGCUGCCCUUCAGCCGUCACCUUUGCUCCCUGAUCUUUUGCAGGUGCAGAAGGAUGAGGGGGGAGAAUGUCACCAAGGUCAGCACGUUCAUCCUGCUGGGCUUCCCCACAGCCCCCAGGCUGCAGUAUGCGCUCUUCCUCCUCUUCCUGCUCACCUACCUAUUUGUCCUGGUGGAGAACAUGGCCAUCAUCCUCACUGUCUGGAGCAGCGCCUCCCUGCACAGGCCCAUGUACUACUUUCUGGGCACGCUAUCUUUUCUAGAGAUCUGGUACGUGUCUGAUAUCAUCCCUAAGAUGCUGGGUGGCUUCCUCCUGCAGCACAAGAGCAUCUCUUUCGUGGGGUGCAUGACUCAGCUAUACUUCUUCAGCUCCCUGGUGUGCACUGAGUGUGUGCUCCUGGCCUCCAUGGCCUAUGACCGCUACGUGGCCAUCUGCCACCCACUGCGCUACCAGGUCAUCAUGACCACGGGGCUGUGCGUGCAGCUCGUGGUCUUCUCCUUUGCCAGCGGCUUCACCAUCUCUGUGAUCAAGGUCUACUUCAUCUCCAGCGCCACGUUCUGUGGCUCCAACGUCUUGAACCACUUCUUCUGUGACAUUUCCCCCAUCCUCAAGCUGGCCUGCACAGACUUCUCCACUGCAGAGCUGGUGGACUUCAUCCUGGCCUUCCUCAUCCUGGUGUUCCCGCUGCUGGCCACCAUUCUGUCCUAUGGACACAUCAGCCUGGCCGUGCUUCACAUCCCCUCGGCCACGGGCCGCUGGAGAGCCUUCUCCACCUGCGCCUCCCACCUCACUGUUGUCACCAUGUUCUACAUGGCCAUGAUCUUCAUGUACGUCCGGCCCCAGGCCAUCGAUACUCGGAGCUCCAACAAGCUCAUUUCUGCUGUGUACACUGUCCUCACACCCAUAAUAAACCCUUUGAUCUACUGCCUGAGGAAUAAAGAAUUUAAGGAUGCCUUGAGAAAGGCUUUGGGCUUGGGUCGAGCUCUGCGGUAG